GAGGGGCUGAGGGGGGGGGCGGGGCGGUGUCGCGCGCGAGGAGCGAUGGCAGCGCUGAGCGGGGACGCGCUGGGGCUGGAGCGGGACGUGGGGCGGGCGGUGGAGCUGCUGGAGCGGCUGCAGCGCAGUGGGGAGCUGCCCCCCCAGAAGCUUCAGGCGCUGCAGAGGGUCCUUCAGAGCAAGUUCUGCUGCGCCAUCCGCGAGGUCUAUGAGCAGCUCUAUGACACCCUGGACAUCGCUGGAAGCCCUGAGAUCCGGGCCCACGCUACAGCCAAGGCCACCGUGGCCGCCUUUGCUGCCAGCGAGGGCCACGCUCACCCGCGGGUGGUGGAGCUGCCCAAGACCGAGGAGGGGCUCGGCUUCAACAUCAUGGGGGGCAAGGAGCAGAACUCGCCCAUCUACAUCUCCCGCGUCAUCCCGGGGGGGGUGGCCGACCGCCACGGGGGGCUCAAGCGGGGGGACCAGCUCCUCAGCGUCAACGGCGUGAGCGUGGAGGGGGAGCAGCACGAGCGCGCGGUGGAGCUGCUGAAGGCGGCGCAGGGCUCGGUCAAGCUCGUGGUGCGCUACACGCCGCGCGUGCUGGACGAGAUGGAGGCGCGCUUCGAGAAGCUGCGCAGCGCCCGGCGGCGCCAGCACCACAGCUACACGUCGCUGGAAUCGAGGGGGUAGGACCCCCCCCAACCCCAUUGGACCCCCCAAACGCUCCCGGGACCCUCUCUCUGUAUAUUUGGGUUAUUUAUGGGGCGCAGCCCCCCCUGUACAGUAUUUAUUGGCUCCUAUUUAAAGCUUGGCGUGUGUCAUACGUGUGUCA